GUGACUCGGGCAGGGGGUGAAGGUGGCAGGCCCCCACUGCCCCACCCCCUACGGGGUGAGGCUGUCUAAGCUCGGGAAGCUGGGACACAGUUGUCUUCCCUUCCCCGGGGGAAGUUGGUGGAGUUUUCCCGGCAGAGGAGUCGACGCAGAAACUUCCUCCGUCCCCCUAUUUCCCCCUCCAUGCAGGCGACGUCGAGUGAGGCUGAGGCUGGGGGCGAAUCGCCGAAGAGCUGCGUGUCGGCAGCGCAGUCUGAUUGGACAGCGGGGAAGCCUGUCAGCUUAUUGGCCCCGCUGAUCCCGCCCCGUAGCUCAGGGCAGCCUUUAACCUUUAGCCCCAGUGGGCGCCAGCCACUCAGAUCGCUUCUUGUUGGUAUGUGUAGCGGCAGUGGCCGCCGGCGGAGCAGUCUGAGUCCGACGAUGAGGCCGGGGACGGGAGCCGAGCGUGGAGGCCUCAUGGUGAGUGAAAUGGAGAGCCAUCCUCCCUCGCGGGGUCCCGGGGACGGGGAGCGGAGAUUGUCCGGCUCAAGCCUCUGCUCCAGCUCUUGGGUCUCUGCUGACGGCUUCCUGAGGAGACGGCCCUCGAUGGGGCACCCUGGCAUGCAUUAUGCCCCAAUGGGAAUGCAUCCUAUGGGUCAGAGAGCGAAUAUGCCUCCUGUACCUCAUGGAAUGAUGCCGCAAAUGAUGCCCCCAAUGGGAGGACCACCAAUGGGACAAAUGCCUGGAAUGAUGUCUUCAGUAAUGCCUGGAAUGAUGAUGUCUCAUAUGUCUCAGGCUUCCAUGCAGCCUGCCUUACCGCCAGGAGUAAAUAAUAUGGAUGUAGCAGCAGGUACAACAUCCGGUGCAAAAUCAAUGUGGACUGAACAUAAAUCACCUGAUGGAAGGACCUACUACUAUAAUACUGAAACAAAACAGUCUACUUGGGAGAAACCAGAUGAUCUUAAAACUCCUGCUGAGCAACUUUUAUCUAAAUGCCCUUGGAAGGAGUACAAAUCUGACUCUGGAAAGCCUUACUAUUACAAUUCUCAAACAAAAGAAUCCCGCUGGGCGAAACCUAAAGAACUUGAAGAUCUUGAAGGAUACCAGAAUACCAUUGUUGCUGGAAGUCUUAUUACAAAAUCAAACCUGCAUGCAAUGAUCAAAGCUGAAGAAAGCAGUAAACAAGAAGAGUGCACCACAUCAACAGCCCCAGUUCCUACAACAGAAAUUCCAACCACAAUGAGCACCAUGGCUGCUGCAGAAGCAGCAGCUGCUGUUGUUGCAGCGGCAGCUGCAGCAGCAGCUGCAGCUGCUGCAGCCAAUGCAAGUGCUUCCACCUCUGCUUCUAGUACUGUCGGUGGAACUGUUCCAGUUGUUCCUGAGCCUGAGGUUACUUCGAUUGUUGCUACUGUUGUAGAUAAUGAAAAUACAGUAACAAUUUCGACUGAAGAACAAGCACAACUUACUAGUACCCCUGCUGUUCAGGAUCAAAGUGUUGAAGUGUCUAGUAAUACUGGAGAAGAAACAUCUAAGCAGGAAACUGUAGCUGAUUUUACUCCCAAAAAGGAGGAGGAAGAAAGCCAACCAGCAAAAAAAACAUAUACUUGGAAUACAAAGGAGGAAGCAAAGCAAGCAUUUAAAGAAUUAUUGAAGGAAAAGCGGGUACCAUCUAAUGCUUCAUGGGAGCAAGCUAUGAAAAUGAUCAUUAAUGAUCCACGAUACAGUGCUUUAGCAAAGUUGAGUGAAAAAAAGCAGGCCUUUAAUGCUUAUAAAGUCCAGACAGAGAAAGAAGAAAAAGAAGAAGCAAGAUCCAAAUACAAAGAGGCUAAGGAAUCCUUUCAGCGUUUUCUUGAAAAUCAUGAAAAAAUGACUUCCACAACUAGAUACAAAAAAGCAGAGCAAAUGUUUGGAGAGAUGGAAGUCUGGAAUGCAAUAUCAGAACGUGAUCGUCUUGAAAUCUAUGAAGAUGUUUUAUUCUUUCUUUCAAAAAAAGAAAAGGAGCAAGCAAAGCAGUUGCGAAAGAGAAAUUGGGAAGCCUUAAAAAACAUACUUGACAACAUGGCUAACGUGACAUACUCUACUACUUGGUCUGAAGCCCAGCAGUAUCUGAUGGAUAAUCCAACUUUUGCAGAAGAUGAAGAAUUACAGAACAUGGAUAAAGAAGAUGCGUUAAUUUGCUUUGAAGAACACAUUCGGGCUUUAGAAAAAGAAGAAGAAGAAGAAAAACAGAAGAGUUUGCUUCGGGAAAGGAGACGACAGCGUAAAAACAGAGAAUCUUUUCAGAUAUUUUUAGAUGAACUGCAUGAACAUGGACAACUGCAUUCUAUGUCAUCUUGGAUGGAAUUGUAUCCAACAAUUAGCUCCGACAUUAGAUUCACUAAUAUGCUUGGUCAGCCGGUUUUUUCAUUAGGAUCAACUGCACUUGACCUUUUCAAGUUUUAUGUUGAGGAUCUUAAAGCACGUUAUCAUGAUGAGAAGAAGAUAAUAAAAGACAUUCUAAAGGAUAAAGGAUUUGUAGUUGAAGUAAAUACUACUUUUGAAGACUUUGUGGCAAUAAUCAGUUCGACUAAAAGAUCAACCACAUUAGAUGCAGGAAAUAUUAAGUUGGCUUUCAAUAGUUUACUAGAAAAGGCAGAAGCCCGUGAACGCGAAAGAGAAAAAGAGGAGGCUCGGAAGAUGAAACGGAAAGAAUCUGCAUUUAAGAGUAUGUUGAAACAAGCUACUCCUCCAAUAGAAUUGGAUGCUGUCUGGGAAGAUAUCCGGGAGAGAUUUGUAAAAGAGCCAGCAUUUGAGGAUAUAACUCUAGAGUCUGAAAGAAAACGAAUAUUUAAAGAUUUUAUGCAUGUGCUUGAGCAUGAAUGUCAACAUCAUCAUUCAAAGAAUAAGAAACACUCUAAGAAAUCUAAAAAACAUCACAGGAAACGCUCCCGCUCUCGAUCAGGAUCAGAUUCAGAUGACGAUGACAGCCAUUCAAAGAAAAAAAGACAGCGAUCAGAGUCUCGUUCUGCUUCAGAACAUUCUUCUAGUGCUGAAUCUGAGAGAAGUUACAAGAAAUCAAAAAAACAUAAGAAGAAAAGCAAGAAGAGAAGACAUAAAUCUGACUCUCCAGAGUCAGAUGCCGAACGGGAGAAGGAUAAAAAAGAAAAAGACCGGGAAAGCGAAAAAGACAGAACUAGACAAAGAUCAGAGUCAAAACACAAAUCACCUAAGAAAAAGACUGGAAAGGAUUCUGGUAAUUGGGAUACUUCUGGCAGUGAACUGAGUGAAGGGGAAUUGGAAAAGCGUAGAAGGACCCUUUUGGAGCAACUGGAUGAUGAUCAAUAAAUUAUACCAAAUAUGUUUACAGUAUGAUUUAAAGUCUAAUUCAGACCAGGGAUUCUAAGUUCAAUUGAAAUAACACUGGGUUUUAAUUAUAUCACAGAAAAAAAAGUGCAUUUAAGUAUUGUUAUUGUGGACUUUAUAAAAAGCAAAGGAAAUUGAAAAUAACUUUUGAUUCUGUAUCAAGAAUCAUAUUUUCAUACAGUCAUAACUGUCUUUCUGUGACCCUUUCAUAGGGCACUGCAGAACGGAUUAAAGGUGGCAAUUUACUGAUAACUGCAGGUGUCUCUACUUUGUUCUAAAGUCUAAGUCAUGAGGUGAUUUGAUUUACUUUAUAGAAGUUGGAUUUUGAAGAUAAUAAUGAAAAUUUUUUGAUAUCUAGUAGUACAAAAAAAGCACCAGCAACUGAUAAAACUGCUUUUUUGUGCACUAUCCAACUGGUUGAAGCCGAUAUGAUCUUUUAAGGUGAACUCAGACAUAGGUGUUCUUAAUGGAAACCUGGUAGACCCUUAGCUAUAGUGGUGCUAUUGAGCACUACUAUAAUAAAGCCACCAUUAUUUUUUAUGAAACAUCUAAAUACAUUUUAAAAAGGCUGUUGUGAGGGCAUUAUUUUGAGGUGAUGUUUAAAGAGUUAACAUCAAAUCAAAUUGUAAAUUAGCUUAAAUAUAUUGCCUUAAGGACCUACUAAAGAAUGUGCCACCAAACUUUAAGUGAUGGUUGCAAUAUCCUUGUCUAAAACAAAUCAAUGUUGACUUAAACGAUUUCUUUAACAGUUGUCUUUUUUUUUUUUUAAAUCCGAUCUUUCUCUUGCUUUUUUUCAUUGAGGAAGUCUUUUACCUUCCCUCCUCACUGAGAAGUACUGACUUCGUGGUACACAUUCUAAAGCAUUUCUGAUUUGAAUAUUUUUGUACAUUUUUAUCAAUUAUUAAAUCUUCUCUUCUAGUG